UGGUAGAGGAUGGAAGCUAAGGGGGUUAAGUAUAAGAAAACUGAGAUGAUGGGCGUUAAGUGUAAACAUUUGGUGAAUUAAGGGGCGCAAAGUGUUGUUAAUCUAUAAAAAAAAAAAAAAAAAAUGAAGCAGGACACGGCAGCCGGCAGGGAUGCACAUUAUAUUAUUGGCAGAUUUAUAUAUAUUUAUUUUCUGAAUUUCUGUGUGUGUAAGUGUAAAGAGCAGACUUUUGGCCGGUUGACCAACUGCUGCAGAUUGAGAAAUGGCGAUUCCUCCAGCUGGCCGGCGUGUCCAAGAGAUCUCCGCCGAGGCGGCGGAGCCACCGCCGCGUUUCUUCGUCAAGGAUAACGGAUUUGGAGGUGGUGUUUCUUCCGCCCAGCUAGGUGAUAUCCCGGUCAUCGAUCUCAAUCUGCUACUUGGCACUGACCCAGAUGCUAAAGAAGCUGAAUUUACCAGAUUCAAAUCAGCUCUCAACUUCUGGGGUUGCUUCCAGUUGAUUGGCCAUGGAAUGUCAAAUUCAUUUCUUGAGAGAGUACGAUGUGUGGGUAAGGAGUUCUUUUCCCUACCAAUGAAAGAAAAAGAAAAGUACGUUCGAUCCACCCAAGGUCUUGAAGGGUAUGGGAAUGAUUCCAUAUUUUCAGAGAACCAAAUAUUGGAUUGGUGUGAUCGACUGUUUCUCAAAAUUCACCCUCAAAAUCAAAGAAAUCUUCACCUUUGGCCUCAAACUCUUCCUGACUUCAGGGAAAUAAUGCAUGAAUAUAGCACAAAGAUGAAGGGUUUGGUAGAUGAGCUGUUAAAGAUCAUGGCAAAAUCAUUAAAUAUAGAAGAAGAUGGUUUCUUGAAUCUGAUUGGGGAUGAACCGACCUUGGAAGCAAGGUUCAAUUUCUACCCAAAGUGCCCAAAACCAGAUUGGAUUUUAGGGGUUAAAGCUCAUGCAGAUUCAUCGGCACUCACCAUUCUCCUGCAAGACAAAGAAGUUGAAGGACUUCAAGUUCUCAGGGAUGGCAACUGGUACAGUGUCCCCGUAUUGCCUCAUGCCUUAGUGGUCAACAUCGGAGAUCAAAUGCAGCUAAUGAGUAAUGGGGUGCUGAAGAGCCUGGUUCAUAGAGCAGUGGUGAGUUCAACACAAGAAAGGAUUAGCUUGGCCGUGUUUUUCACGCCGGACGGCGACAAAGAGAUCGAACCGGCUGAGGGUUUGGUAAAUGCGGAGAGGCCAAGAUUGUAUAGGGGUGUGAAGAACUACAGGGUGAUCAAUAUGAAGUGUUUUCAGAGUGGGGAAAUCGCCAUUGAUACGCUCAAAAUUUGACUUCAAUAAACUUUCCCCCAGGGCCCAAGCACACAUAUAUAAGUUGCUUAAUUGAAUUGAAUGAACAAUGUCAUAUGUGGUCUAAUAAUGAGUUUCAUUAUAGUAACAUUAGUUGUACACGUAACUGGCAUUGACCCAGAUGCCAAAGAAGCUGAAUUUACCAGAUUCAAAUCACCUCUCAACUUAUGGAGUUGUUUCCCGGUCUUCUUUAUUCCAUCAAACACUGCACUCCCCUGUUGUACA